AUGGCGAACAAUGGACCCAAUUGGGACGGAUUGCUUAAAUGGAGCCUCUCCCAUUCUGAUGGAGCUUCCCCUUCUCGCCGUUUGAGUGAGGAAGAUCGACGAUGGUUCAUGGAAGCAAUGCAAGGACACACCAUCGAUUCAAUUUCGCGUAUGAAACAAAUAUCUCAGAUCAUGAAAAUGCCUGAACAACUCUUGGAGUCUCAAGGAGUUACAACUGACGAUCUUGAAGGAAUGUUGGAUGAGUUGCAGGAACACGUCGAGUCCAUCGAUCUGGCAAAUGAUCUUCAUUCUAUUGGAGGUUUGGUCCCUCUCCUUAGCUAUCUUAAGAACUCCAAUGCGAAGAUUCGAGCUAAGACAGCCGAUGUUUUGACCACUGUUGUCCAAAACAAUCCUCGUAGCCAGCAACUUGUUAUGGAGGCAAAUGGCUUCGAGCCCUUAUUAACCAACUUUAUUGCUGAUCCAGACAUUAGAGUCCGGACCAAGGCGCUCGGUGCUAUAUCAUCUCUUAUCCGUCACAACCAACCCGGAAUUACAGCUUUCCGUCUUGCAAAUGGUUAUGCUGGCUUGCGAGACGCUUUGGUCUCUGGUACCGUUAGAUUCCAAAGAAAAGCGUUGAACUUGAUUCACUAUCUUCUCCAAGAAAGCAACUCAGACUGUAGAAUCGUUAGAGAUCUUGGCUUCGCUCGCAUAAUGAUCCACCUAGCAUCCAACCAAGACCUCGAAGUCCGGGAAUUCGCCCUUCGUGGUCUCUUAGAGCUUGCCCGUGAAGAGUCUGAGAGGAAUCUAGACAGAGCGGAUGUGAAUCUGAGACAGCUUCUUGAGGAGAGAACAAGAAGGAUCAUUGGGAUGUCAGACGAAGAUCUUUGUGCAGCUAGAGAAGAAAGAGAGCUAGUUGAUAUUCUUUGGACCACGUGUUAUAAUGAACCGUCCCGUCUAAGAGAGAGAGGGCUGGUUUACCUUCCUUGUGAUGAUGAGAUGGCUCCUGAUGUGGUUAGAGACCGCUUUGAACCUCCUUUAAGGGCUUGGGCUGCAAGACGACAUGAUGAAAUAGACGAACCAACGGUUCAACUUCUUCUUGGUCCUGCACAGUGA